GCCGCCAAAGCGAACAUUGUUUGGUUGCCUUGUGAUAUACGGAGGGGUUGCGGCGCUGAUAACUGAAACGCAAGGCUGCUGUUGUUUGGUGUUGCAUCCUGGCGCUCGCCCCGGAGAUUAUCUGGUUGGCCCUCGGGUUUGAAGCUGGUCGCGCUAGACAUUUUCAGACAGCUACAGUGCAGUUGCAGUCGUUGGCUGCCAUUGCGCCGCACACGCCCUCCCCACAGUAGCCAUGGCCGACAGUUCGAGGAAGAGGAAGCAGACCUCGGACGCCAAUCCGCACUCAAAACGCCCCCGCUUCCCUCACCGACCACAGCAUCACAUCCCCGCCCAGCCAACCAAGACGGCGUACCCCAAUGGCGAGAUCAACGUCAAGAACUUCCUCGCGUCGCACGAGAAUGAGAUCAAGUCGCUGGAAGGCGCGAUGAAGGCCGCGAAGAAGGGACUGGCGAGACGGGCGUUCCAGGACGUGCCGCGGGAACUGCGCAGGAGGACGGCGAGUCACAAUCCGCAGCGCGUGCCCAAGAGACUUCGCGUCCGGGCUAGGCAGGAGGCCAAAGACGACAACACUCCGAUAAGCAGGGGGACGAGUGGGAGUGGUGUCGGCAAGGGCAAGAAGAAGUUUCUGAGGAACGAGGGCAGAGAGAAGAGCAGGCUGGUUUCGGAGGGGAGGGCGAAGAGGAGGACGGAGAAGGGCAGUGGGGAAGAGAGCCCUGGAGAAACUGGAAAACACGCCGCGAAACCCACUACUCGACCAAAACCCAAGCCCAGAUUUCCAGUACUGGCCACGCCUGCCACGCCUGCGUCUCGAUUUCGCAGGCGACAACGAGACAAGACAUGGCUACCGACACACAUAUGGCAUACAAAGCGCUCACGCAUGACGGAUCCAAAAGAACCCCUCUGGCGGUUUGCGAUCCCGUUAGCGCCUGCCGUAAAAUCGUACCGUCUUACACAUCGCGCGGCAUCACAGCGAGGAGCCGUCGCCUGGGAUAUGAGUUACAUGUCCACGAUUAGCCUCGAAGGCACCGAAGCCAGCAUAUUAGGACUAUUGAAAGGCUUGCAUUUUGCUGCCGACGAGGCAGAAGACCCAUGGCAGGUCAGAGGAAAAGGCAAGAAGUGGAGACAUGGUACCAGGGUUUGGGAAGGCUGGAUAUAUGAAAGAGAAGCGAAACCCCUAAAGAAGGUCGCCCAUGUUGCUGUCAUCUGGUGCGUACCUGACGCAGACAACUCUAAGAGGAAGGCUUUCAUUCGGGUGCAUCCCGGCGCUUUCCUCCAACUCUGGAACGAGGUCGUCAGGGUUGCGAAAAUGCAGAGGCCUGCUGUGACUGUGCAAGACCUCCGUUUCGAAAUUGGAUCCAUUGAGCUUGUUGGACCUGCAGCAGCAGAAACCCUUUGCUCUAUACUCUCUCCUACCACCUCUGCCAAUGCAGCUCCUGACGCGCCCCAUUCGCUAUGGUCCGCGCUUGCCUCUGUCACAGAUGUCGGUUCAUUGCCAGCUGGUGCCUUGUUAGCCUUCAACAUCACAGACCCACGUCUCCGUGAUCCGCCAGCAUGUACUCAGAUACGGCAAGACGAGCAAUCACUCCAGUCUCUGACCGAGACCUUGGCACAUUGGCCGAUUGACAACACGCAAGACUCGUCUUUGAUAUUCGACCGCAACGCUCGCCUACUCGCUGCACGUCUCAUGCCCUCUCAGAAAUCCAUCAACCAUCGAAAAGGUGCAGAAAGCCUGGGCGGAUAUCCAGAAGCUAGAGCAACCGACCCGCAGAUCCCAAUGCUCUUGUACGUUUCACGGGAGAGCAGGUCGUGGACAGUCAUGCUUCCUUGGAAAUGCGUACUACCCGUAUGGCGAGGCAUCAUGCGCUACCCAGUGUCGACCGGCGGGAAUCCAAGAUUUGGCGGUUUGAAGGAAAGACGUCAGGUCGACUUCGAGCGAUCAGUACCUAGCUUCCCGUAUGAUCACCCCGGUACGGACGCAGGUUGGACAUGGGAGCUGCGAGAGCGUGAGGCGAGGAAGCAUGAGUGGACCAAGCGUCCCAAAGGGAAGAGGAUCGAGUGGUCUACUAUCGACCUUGGUGGGGGUAGAAAGGGCGAAGUUGGUGAUCCCUGGGACUGUGACUGGGUAAAACUACUACCGUCGCAAAUCAACGCUCCCACAUCAGGAAAAGGGUCCACAGAGUCGCACUCUGCAUUUCGGCAGCUUUCGUCUCACCAAGUGUCUGCCUUUAUUGCAGGGACUUCUCCUCCCUCGAACCACCUCGAAUCCCCACAUCUUUUCACGGUCAAGAUCACAAUGGCACAGCGUGGCACAACUGCAGACUGCGCUCGUGUGUACCGGCUCCCAACGAAUAAUGUAGAGCUACGAAGUAAGUGGCUGUCCCUCAUGUCAGGACCAAGGCCCUCGUCGAAGGCAAAAGGAGGUUUGAAAAAGCAGAACCACGUCACUAGCAAUGCACCGGAGCAUGUACAGCGCAGGGAGCUCGCAGCCCAACUCUUGCAGCCAACAAAAGCUGGGGAUGACGACUACCCUGUAGUCCCCGACGAAGAGGAUCUAAUUGGUUUCAUUACCACGGGAAACUACAACCUGGCUGAGGGGAUGUCGACUGCUGUAGCAAACCUCGCUCUACACCGAGUGAUUGGUGGUGAGGAGGGACACGGCGUGCAGAAGGAGAGGCAUAUCUGCAUUGUGCGAGAAGCUGGUCGAAACAUAGGGAGACUAGCGACUUGGGAGGUCGUGUGACAGGCUUCGUGCUUGGUUGUGCCCAAGUUCAAGUAGCUACAAUAUCAAACCAUCAUCUACCUGCAAAACCACUAUGAUUUACAAACAAAGUGCAUUUCGAACUCCCUCCAACGACUGCUCGGCAUGUGGGGUGCAUUAGUCCUGUCACGACUUUUGUGCUAGCAGGGUCUACCCGGCUCCCGCGAAAUGAAGCUAACGUCUCAGAAGUACCAUCCGCGUAUCCUCAACAGGAGCGCCUUCAAUUCACC